AUGGCAUCCCAGAUCCCAGCACUCCCACAAUCCUUCACUCCUGGGCCUGAUACCGUCUUCUCUGACCAGUCUGGCUUCUAUUCCCUGGAUUCCAAUGUGCCUGGGCUUUCUAAGGUCAUCCUCAACAAGCUCAACAUGAAGGACUAUGGAGAAUACAGGGCGGCUGUCGAAGGGAAGACUAAAGGAAUCUCAUUCCGCAACUACAAGGAAAUGUUCCAGAAGAUGGAAGAGACCUUCAAGUUCUGCACCGGCUGCAACAAACUGCCUGAGCAUCUCUCUGAUGGACAGACUCUCAAACGCUGUGUGAAGUGCUUGAAUGUGUACUACUGCUCAAAAGACUGUCAGCGAAAUGACUGGCCUCUGCAUAAAAAGGUCUGCAAAAAGCUGCGUCUGGUGGCCAUUGACAGGCUAGUGGAGUGGCUGAUGUUCACAGGAGACCUCCCAAUCCCCACUGAGAAGUGGUCCAAGCCAGUCACUGAGGUGAAGAGCUGGGACGACUGGGUCCCCAUGCAAGGAGACCUUGUACAUCAUCUGGAUUCCAUCUUAUCCAGCGCCAACAUGGCAAACCUGUGGAAGAACACCAGCAGGCCCAGGCCAGAGGAUGCAGACCUGAGGGAAUCUAUAUGGCGGAUUCAGAGCGAGUUCCUCUCUCGAGUUCUCACAGUUGGCAUGGCCAUGCGACACUUUAGACUUGACCCAUAUGCUAAACCCCUUACUAUUCACAUAGCAGGAGCAUCCCUCAAUGAGACCAUGGGAGCCAGGAUGACGGACUACGAUGAGCUGAACCGCAUGUUCCCUGGGCAUCAGGGUCUGGAGGUUGUCAUGGUGGGACCUGAAGUAGUGGAUGGUCCCAUCAUGAGGCCUCCUCUUAAGGCAUUUGGCCCCAGACAGAGGGUCUACAUCAGUGCCUACAAGGGCCUGUACCACCAGUUCUGGGAGGAUGUGGUGGAAAACGAGGAAGCAGCUAAGCCAGACCUGGUGGUUGGAUUUCAUCCUGGGUUUCAUGCCAACCAGGGUCUGGUAGAAGGCUGGCUGCCCACCCUCCUGCUGCUCAGGGACUAUGAGAUCCCCUCCUUCUUCACCAUGUACAAUGAGAUGGAGCUCAAGUACUCGCUGCAAAUCCUGCUGGAGCUGGAGAUGCAUAUCAGGGGCAGUGGACCCAAUCCAUUCGCCUCACAGAAACCGGAGCAGGUCCAGGCCUGUCCCAACAAAAACCCCGUCUACUGCAACUCCCACUAUCUGAGUUUCCAGGGACUGCUGCCACGAGAAGAGUUUAAUGGGCUCGGUCCAGACAACUGA